AGAGGGAGGACAGACCAACAGCAGAAGCCGGACGGAUGAUACUGUAAACAGACUUCUGAAAUAAAAGAUACAGCAGCAGAAACACUUUGACAAAGAACACAAUCAAGUCUUUCUCUCUUCAAAGGACCAAAAACAGCAAGAUAUGGCUACAGCCGCCAGCAUUCUGUCCAAGGAGCAGCUCCUUUGCCCCAUCUGUCUGGAUGUGUUUAACCAGCCAGUCUCCACUCCGUGUGGGCACAACUUCUGUCGUGACUGCAUCCAGAGAUACUGGCAGAGUACCAAUCUGCCCCAGUGUCCCAUGUGUAAAAACAAGCUGUACAACAGGCCUGACCUCAAAGUCAACACCUUCAUAUCUGAGGUGGCUGCUCAAUUUAAAGACCAUGGGGAAAUGAAGUACAAAGACGGGCUCAGAAGUAUGGACAAGUCAGGCGAUAAGGGGGAAGUUGCUUGUGAUGUGUGUGUUGGAAAACGGGUGAAAGCUUUUAAAACCUGUCUGGACUGUUUGGCUUCAUUUUGCCAGACACAUCUGGAGCCCCAUCACGUUCUAGGCACCCUCAAGAAUCACACCCUAAUCAACCCAAUUAUGAACAUGCGAGACAGAUUGUGUAAGAAACACGAGAGCCUCCUCAACCUGUUCUGCCACACAGAUCAGAUGUACUUGUGCCAGGUCUGUGUUGAGGAUGACCACAAGGCACAUCGUAUGGCUUCUAUAAAGCAUGAAAGCCAAGACAGGAGAGAUCAGAUCAGAAAUAUGAACGUGGAAAUGCAAGAAGGCAUCCACAGUAGGCUACAGAAAACAUGUGAGAUCGGUCAAGCUGUUGAGUUUAGCAAAAGAAACGCUGAAAAAGAGGUUGAAGAGAGUUUUCUGGUCUUCAACAAACUGCUUCAAGUAGUUAAGACAGUCCAAGCUGAAGUGGCCGAGGCUAUCUUAGCAAAGCAGAAGUGUGUUGAAAGCAGGGCUGGUAAGAUUACAUUGGAUCUUGAGCAAGAGAUUAAUCAGCUGUCAAACAGGACCACUGAUUUGGAGCUGCUCUCACAGACAAACGAUGAUCUCUACCUUCUCCAGAGCUUCCCGGCUUUCUCCAGUGAGCUGCCCAUCAAAGACUGGUCUGAGAUUAGGGUAGAAAGUGCAGUCUAUGUGGGAACGUUGAGAAGGGCACUCAGGAGAGCAGCAUCAGAGCUUGAGGAAACCAUCAAGGCAGAGGUAAAGAGGCUUUGCAAGAUUGAAUUUAAGCGAGUAAAAGCCUACGCUGUGGAUGUGACGCUGGAUCCAGACACAGCUCACCCCAAACUCGUUCUUUCAGAAAACCGGAAGCAGGUCUAUCACGGCGAUGUGGCUGUGAACCUCCCUGACAAUCCAGCAAGAUUUUACCCUUGUGUUAGUGUCUUGGGGAAGGAGGGCUUCUGCUACGGGAGGUUCUCCUAUGAAGUUCAGGUGAAAGGGAAGACAGAGUGGGACAUUGGAGUGGGACUCGAGUCGGUCAAUAGAAAAGGAGGGAAUCUGCUGAACCCUGAAAGGGGCUACUGGACUCUGGGAAUGAGGGAGGAUGAGAGUUACUGGGCCCUCAGCAGUCCUCCUGUUAGACUGCCGCUGGUGGAAAAGCCCCAGACAGUCCUGGUGUACGUGGACAUGGAAGCGGGGCAGGUUUCAUUUUACAACCCGGACUCUCACUCUCAUAUCUACACGUACACCGGAUACACUUUCAGCGGCAGACUUUUCCCCUACUUCAACCCGCGAAGGAAUCACAAUGGGGUCAACUCAGCACCUCUCCUUAUUCUGCCUUUGAAUAUCUAAAUUUUCACUAUGUACUAUCUUUUAUGAUGCUUUCAGAUGUUUCAGCAAACGUUAUUACUGAUUAAAGUUAAAGUAAUAGUUCCACAUCUGUUUUGCAAUGCUUGAUGCCUUUUUCCCUGCAAUAAAAUUCUACCUUAUAAA